AUGCUCGCUUGCUUGUUUGGGAGGCCCCCCUUGCCGCCGAUCCUUGCUCCUUCACCACCACCACCACCACCGACCACACAACGCCAACUGCCACUGCUGGCCUCCGACGCCGCUGCCGCGUGGCUGUCGAGCGCUCUCUCUCUCGUCCAGUCUCAUUUGCGUCCAGAUCUUCCGCUGCAACCGUCCCACCCCACCUCCGACAACGCCACCGUGCCACCGCGCACCUCGGCAACAUCGCAUCGCGUUGCUCCCAAUCAGGCGUGGCAAGAGCCCCUCCAGCAGCCUCACCUAGCAACCUCCCGCUCCCAUCUCAAGGAUCGCUGCUAUCCUUCUCAACACCAUCCAUCGACCACACAACUCAUCUAUACGAUGCUUGUCGGCGCAUAG